AUUUUCUACUUAUUCUAUUAAUGAGUCAAUGAGAAGUUGCAAACAGUAACAGACGAAAUCCGGAGCAAUGAAUUCCGUUUACGUAAGUGCAGAAGAUAAUGGAAGACCCAGAAAUUUCAAAGUUAUCCAUCUUCUCAGCUUGCAGUAAAUGCCAACAGAAAUUUCGGGUUGCAAUAAAUUUUUCACCGCGGUUUCUGAAUUGAAGCCAAAAGGACUAAAGGAGGACCUACCCACCUCGCAACUGCUCGUCUUAUGAGCUCAUUUAAGGCAGGCUUCUAUCUCACAGCUAGAGCUCUCAGCUGUCCCAAUUCUUGUUUUCUCCGAUUCAUUUCUAGCAAAGGUCCCGCCUUUAUCUACUCCCAGCGUCGCCUCUACUCUUCUGGUAAGUGUUCUUGAUCACCCAGUUGCCCUUCAACUCUCUCUCUCUCUCUCUCUGUAUCUGUAAGUGUUCUUGGAGUUAAGGAUCUUGAAGCAUCUUUUAAUUUUAUUCCUUUUAUAGCUCAAAAGAGUAGCAUAUAUAUGGAUCUGGUUAAAGAAGUAGCCAGCAAAGGGCCUGAUUCCUUUGGGAGUAUUGCCAUAAAGGCAGAUCAAAAGUGCUUCAGUUACCUUCAACUGAUCUCGUGUGCUAAGGGGAUAUGCAGUCUGUUAAGCAAUCUUGAUCUAAAAACUGAGGAUAACAUAAGGCGGAAUAAUGAUCUUGGUGGGGCAAGGGUUGGAAUUGUAGCCAAACCCUGUCCGGAGUUUGUUGCUGCAAUUCUCGGGAUUUGGCUUAAUGGAGGUGUUGCAGUCCCUCUAGCUCUGAGCUACCCAGAAGCUGAGAUCCUGCACGUUAUGAACGAUUCGGAUAUAUCUAUGAUUUUGAGCACCGAAGAUCACCAAGAACUUAUGGAAAAUGUCGCUGCUAAAACUGGCGCUCAGUUAUCUCUCCUUCCUACCAUUCCCAGUGUGCAUCCACUACCAUCUGACGAUGGAAAUUCAUUGCAAAUUGAAUUCUCUCACAAUGUAAAAGGUGAGGAUCCAGCACUGAUAUUGUACACCAGUGGAACAACGGGGCGGCCAAAAGGAGUCGUCCACACACACAAGAGCAUCCUAGCACAGGUCCAAAUGCUAAGAGAUGCGUGGGAAUACUCAUCCGAAGAUCACUUCCUGCAUUGUCUACCCCUACAUCAUGUCCAUGGGCUUUUCAAUGCUUUAUUUGCCCCUCUCUAUGCAGGCUCCAAGGUGGAAUUUAUUCCAAAAUUCAGCGUGAGGGGAAUUUGGCAGAGAUGGCGUGAAUCGUAUCCAAAAGAUGGGGCUAAAGCCGAUGAUGCCAUAACUGUAUUCACUGGUGUUCCUACGAUGUAUACACGACUGAUACAAGGCUAUGAAGCUAUGGACCCGGAAUUACAGUCUACUUCUAGUUCAGCAGCAAAGAACUUGCGCCUUAUGAUGUGUGGCUCAUCUGCACUUCCACUUCCCAUCAUGCAACGGUGGGAAACAAUCACCGGGCACACCUUAUUAGAAAGAUAUGGCAUGACUGAGUUUGUCAUGGCAAUUUCCAAUCCCCUACGAGGUAAACGCAAAGGAGGUACUGUUGGCAAGCCAUUUCCAGGCGUGCAGGCCAAGAUCCUUUCAGAAGACGGGAGUGUUGAUGAUGCAACCGGGGUGGGGGAGCUCUGUAUAAAAAGCCCUUCUUUGUUUAAAGGUUAUUGGAAGCUUCCCGAGGUAACCAAAGAUUCAUUUACAAAUGAUGGAUUUUUCAAGACGGGAGAUGCUGUAAGAGUGGAUGAAGAUGGAUACUUUGUCAUUUUGGGGCGUACAAAUGCAGAUAUAAUGAAGGUUGGCGGGUAUAAGCUCUCUGCACUCGAGAUUGAAGCAGUUCUUCUCGAGCAUCCAGCCAUCUCAGAGUGCUGUGUGCUCGGCCUACCAGAUAAAGACUACGGGGAGGCUGUGUGUGCAAUAGUUGUGGCCGAGGCAGAGCUCAAACAGAAGCUCGAGCUAGAAUCAAGCGAGUCUGUCCUCACCUUGCAACAACUCUCUGCUUGGGCUAAGGAAAAACUCGCCCCAUACAAGAUACCAACUGCUCUUUAUCUGUGGGAUUCACUGCCUCGUAAUGCCAUGGGAAAGGUGAACAAGAAAGAGCUGAAGAAAAUUUUGGUUGAUGAUGAUGGGAUGAAGAACAACUGAAUGAUGGAUUAAGUACAAAUGUAAUGGAGCUCUUGAAUGAAGCCUUAUGCACUCUCACUCGAUUGAAAUUAAAGUAAAACACAAAAAUUCCUAUGAUUUUAAAUAUGUAAUAUUUUUUAGUGAAAAAAUGUAAUAAUUUUUUAUGUGUUAAUAAAUAUUACAUUUUUGCUAAAAGAUAUUUCACUGUUAUUUAUUGUGGAAGCAUUUCAUGUAAUGGGAACUUAAUUGGAAUAUGAUGUUUUGAGGAGUACAAGGUUUGGAUUA